UACAACAACAACAGAAAAUAGGAGUGAACUACUCUAUCUACCUUGAAGAGCAAUAGCCUUUUUUUUUUUUUUUAGCUUUUUGGGUCACACCCGGCUAUGCACAAGGGUACAAGGCUUACUCCUGGCUUUGCACUCAGGAAUUACUCCUGACGGUGCUCAGGGGACCAUAUGGGAUGCUGGGAAUCAAACUCAGGUCGGCUGGGUGCAAGGCAAAUGCCCUACCUGCUGUGCUAUCGCUCCAGCCCCGAGCAACAGCAUUUUAAAGACACACAUGAUACUGAGCCAGGCUAGGCAGGCAGUGGACAGGGUAAUGCCAGGCUACUCAGCAGCUUCUAGCUGGGGCCCAGACCUUUAUGUGGCUCUUGUCCAGCCCCGCCAAAGUCUCAUGCAAUGAAGGAGUCUGGCACUAUGGUAGGCAUUCCUUAUACCAUCAUUCCAGUGCUGCUCUGGAUCUACAAAAAGUUUCUGAGGCCAUAUAUCUACCAUCUGGUAGCUCCUGUGGUUAGUAAUAUGUGGCCUCAAAAAGGACAAGUCGAUGACAAAGGCAAACUGGAAUGUAAGGAUGCAGCUAUAAAUGACUUACCAACGAAAGGACCAACAGAAAUCUGUGAUUAAAAAAAAAAUACUAAAGGAGUUUCUCCAGUGGAUCUCAUUAGUUUUUAGAGAAUGGACCUGAUAAUAUGAGGCACAUUUUUUGUAAUUGUCUCUGAGACCAGAAUUUGGAAUAGAGUAGCUAUUCACAAGGUAUUUAUAUUUAAGAUGCAUUUGAUUUUCUUUAACUACUUCAUUCCCAAGU